CUUUAACAAAGUAGCUGGCUAUUUUUCCGUCACGUAUCAAAAAUAAACCCGAAAUCCUACACAAGGUUUAUCUGAAGGAGAACAAAUUGUGUUUUGCAAUGGAGGUUCCGAUUUGUACAUUCUGGACUUUGUAGUUAAGUUUCAUUUUGCCCAAAAUAUUACUUGCGGAUGAAUAAUGUAUUUCAUUUAACACUUAAAAGACACACUAGGCGGCGUUUGUAAUUAAAAAAAGUUACUGAGCCGCGACCCUCAUAAGGACCGGUUCAUUCCUCAAACAAUAGAAACUGAAGUCCUGAAAUACAAGAAGAAAUGGAACUUUAAGGCUGGAGCGAGGUUUUUUUUUCUGACAUGGAGAAUGUGACAAACACAACGCAAAAUGUUUAUGACAGACACGCAGAUGCACAGGGCGCCAUGGAGUUUACGGUGUCUGUGGUGAUGGUGUACGGGGGCGCUGUUUUUGGAGUCCUGAUUCUGGGAUUUUUUCGCGGACUCUCUAAUAAUCACGAUGAGGAAGACAAACAAGUGAACUAUUUCCUACGCGACAUCGAAAAAACGAGAAGAAAGUUUACAAAAGAGCGAGACCUCAGUGCUGUGUAUAAGACGCUAGAGAGCAUGGACGUAGAAUGGAAAUCCCUAAACAACAGAGACACCGGAAGUGCGCUAGGAAGAGGCUUAGCAAAUAUGAUGGCACUUCCGGUUAUGCUAUCGCGGGAAAGCGAGGCUAACACGGUCCGGAAGACACGAAGGCCCCCUCUGAAACGUCUGAAAAGCCUACCACGUGUUUUCGCGCGUUUAAAAUCGUCUCAAUCGCAAUCGGAGCCAUAUUUAGAUAGGGGACUACGGAUCAAUUCUCAAAUAGAGGAAAGAGUUUUAAUGGAUAACGACGAAAAAAUAGAAGAUAUCAGGGAUAGCAUCGAGAUGUCAACUGAAAUAAGAAUAGACAUGAAUACAAUGGGCGACUGCACGGAUGAGUCGGAUAGCGGAAGUUUUCAAAGUACGUUUAGUUAUUUAGUGUAAAAUUGAUCCAAAUUUGGAUAUCUUAAU